AUGAUCCUCUUUCGAUUUAUCACAGCAGUUGCGGCAUUAACUGCCACAGCCACUGCUGGGCUGCUGCGUCGUGAAGCUGAUGUCGUCUCGUCGACUGUGCUGGCUCGUCUGAGCCUGAUCGAACAAUACUCAGCUGCAGCAUACUGUACCAAAAAUGAUAUUGCUGCACCUGGUACUCCGAUUGCCUGCGCGCCUGGAAACUGCCCUACUGUGGAGCAAGACCUCGCCACCGUGUCGUUUUCAUUUCUGAACAAGGGAGAUGGGGGUGACACUGGCUUCAUUGCUGCGGACAUCGCCAACAGCUUCCUUGUUCUCGCCUUCCGUGGCGCUCGGAGCAUUGAGAAUGGUGUCACUAAGCUCGACACCAGGCUCGUGGGUACUUCCUUGUGCGGAGCGACAGUGGGCUGCCUGGUUCAUGAAGGAUUUCAGGAUUCUUGGGAUCCAGUGUCCGCUAGAAUCACCACAGAACUAACCAAUGCCCAAGUUGCUACCGGCUUCACUACUCUUAUUGUCACUGGGCAUGGUGUUGGGGGAGCUCUGGCUACACUGGCAGCGACACGAUUCCGGACCACACCAAUCCCAGGCAUUCCUGCUGCAAAUGUGCAAUUGUUUACCUACGGCAGCCCUCGUGUCGGAAAUACCGUGUUUGCAACUUUUGUCACCACUCAGGGGGCCGCUGCCAACAACUUCCGAGUCACUCACACCGACGACCCAAUUCCAAAGGUCCCUAGUCGUAGUCUCGGCUAUCUACAAUGGGGUCCUGAGUACUGGAUCAGAUCUCCCACGGGUCAGCCGGUGCAUGCAAAUGACAUUGACGUAAUUCCAGGUACUGAGACACCUCUUGGAAAUUCCGGAACGCCUCCAUCUUUUGAUAUUCCGGCCCAUCUAUGGUAUUUCAAUUCGGUGGCGGCAUGCGUGUGA